AUGGAAAAUAAAUCAGAGGAAGUGAAAAAAGAUUCCAUUGAAUCUUUGGAAACUCCAGAAUCUUCUCAAGGACUUCAAAAGAUCGUGAAAUCCGAGGUCAAUGAAGCCGGGGAUUCCAAAGUUGAUGUUUCACAGAGUAAUGGAGAGUCUAGUCAAGAAUCCAGUCAGAAAAACGAGGAUUCAGAUGUCAAAAUAGAGGUUGACGAUGACCAAGAGGAUAAAGUAGAUGUAAAGGACGAGGAAGAAGAUGAAAAUGAAGUGUCAGAUGAAGAACAAGAAUCUGAAGAAGAGGAGGACGAUGCUGAGGAAGGGAAUGAUGUCAAGAUGGAGCCAAAAGAAGAAGAUCGUGUUGUUACCAGGCUGGAUCCAAAAGUAAGGAUUUAUUUUUGUUUUCGUAAUUUUAGGUUGAAGUCAUGAGUUUCUAAAGUUACAAUUUUAAUAAGCUGAGGUAGCUAAAGUUUAAUUUUAUGUCAUUUUUUAAUAUUUAAAUUGAUGUUUCAGUUUUUGUACGAAGAUACAUCGUUUUCUCAGCUAUGUUCGUUCUUUAACACUUUUGGCUCAGCAUUAGGCUUGGAGUACACGAUAUCUAAGCUUGAAGAGCUGUUUACAACUGAAGAAAACGGCAUGUGUAAGUUUAUUUACAUUUAGAAACGUUAGAUCACUACUGUUUUAAAGAUAAUCUAAUAAACUAUGUUUUCAUUACUGAAAUUUAACGUUUUUUAACGGAAAAAUAUUUUUUUUAUUACCUAAAAUUAUGAUUUUUUUAUAAACAGCUUUUAAAAACGUUAGUUUGUACAUUAUUGGUUAUUUCAGGUCUAGAAGAAAUGAAGGAUCUUCACACAGCCCUGUUCAAACGAUUGUCUUACCUAAAAUACGCGCAAAAGAACAGGUUCCCUUCAUGUUAUAAGAAGUUUGUGGAAACCAACAUAGAAACCGAAGAGUUUGCGGCAGAACUUCAGAUGAACGGCUUUGAUGAUCUUACCUAUAGCACCAAGAUCAGUAUUUUGAACACAUUGUGUUGUGCACAGUUUGAUUUCAACUUUAAGUUCAAAGAAAUUGUAGGUUUUUUUUACUUUUUGUUGAAAUUUUAGAUGUUUAUCUGCAUAAUAUGACUUUUAAAAAUUGAAAACCAAACUUUUUGGACUUUUACAAAUAAGGUCAUGCAUUUUUCAGCUGCACCACACUUACCACGUGUUUGACAUGCGAUGGGGACCGAUUGGCGUCGACAAAAAUGGAGUUGAAUUCUUUUAUCAAGAAGACAAGGACUUCAAUAUCAGAGUGUUUUCAGUUGAUGCCGGUGAUUUCAAAGCCGAUUCAUGGGAGUUGAGAGCAAGAACAACCAAGGAAUUAUACAAAUUGAUCCACAACUUGAAGUCAGAUGAUUAUGACAUCAAGAAAGACGAAGAGAGUGAAGAUGACGAGGACAAAGUGUUAUCAGGGAAUGCUUUGAAGAAUGAAGAAGAAUCUCAACAAGGAGUGGAAGAUCUGACGAUAGAAAUCAAGGAAUCUGACAGAGAAAAAGUGGUUUUUACAACUAAAUUGUGCACUUUGGUUAACAAGUACUGGCCUGCGGAGCUGUUGCACAAUGUAAGAGGUCUUAUUGUUCUAUUAUAUUACUUUUGUAUUUGUUAUUAAGUUUAAAAAUUGAAUAUCAGUUUACUAAGCUAAAAUUGCGCAUUUAUUUCAGAAGAGAACCUUAAAAGAUAUUAAAAAACAAGCAAAAGUGGGUCAGAAACCACCUCCUAAGAAAGCUAAAGUAGAAGUAGUGGAAGAAGAAGAGGAGGUUGAAGAGGAAAAAGAAGCCUCAGAAGAGAAGGAAGAGGAAGAAAAAGAAAAAUCACAAGAAAAAAAACAAAGUCAAGAAAAGGAAGAAGAAAACAAAGAAGAAGAACUGAUUAACAUGGAUGAAUUGGAGGUAAGAUAUUAGUAUACACUUUAAUUAACGUGACUUUUUUGAUAAUAGUAUUUUGUAUCAUUAUUUUACUAUUAUAUUAUAUUUUAGUGACUGUUCUAAUUUUUUAUGUUUUAGGACGAACGAAGAGUGCUACCCAGAAGGUCAGCGAGAAACGCUGCCUACUCAAAUAUGAGACAAUUUACAACUCCGAAGAAAGCUAAAAAAGAAAAGAAGGAAGAAGUAAAGAAAGAAGAAUCAGAACCUGAAGAAGAAGAGGAGGAAGAUGAGUUUGAGGAUGAUGAAGAAGAGCUAGGGUCUUCUGAUGACGAAUUCCAGAUGGGUAACAAAAAGAAAGGAAAGAGGAAGAGGUAUCACAUUUUAACGCAAAUUUUUUGCUUUCAAAUGGUGUAUAACAUAGUCUUAGAUUGUUUUAAAAACGAAGAGUAGUUUUUAGGUAUCAAAUAUGGUUUAUAAUAAGCUUUUCUUUAAUUUAAAAAGUAGCUUUAAAUGGUGUUUUAUUGUAGUUUGAUAUUUUAGAGGUUUAAACGCUCCAAAGAAGAUAAAAAAGCCUAGGCUGGAUGAAGAUGGAGAGCCUAUCAAGCGUCGCAAGAGUAAGCCCAAGCCGGUUGUGUUAGAAGAGUCAUCAGACGAAGAAGAGGAACAAGAACAGGAGAAGCAAAGAAAGAAGGCUAAUGAAAAGACAUUGUGUAUGAAGUGUAACAAGGCCACCAAGCCUACUGUGGUAAGAUAUUUUAUUUUCAGGGUUUAUUCUUACAUUGUAAUUUAUGAAAGUCGAUGUUUUACUUUUAAAUUUUUUUAAAUCUAAAAAGUUAUGAAGCCAGAGCUUUACCUAAAAUAUCUAAUUUUAGUUAUUACUUUGCGAUGAAUGCGACGAUGCGUGGCACACUUUCUGUCUCACACCAAAACUAAAAGAGGUACCAGCUGGCGACUGGUUCUGCCCCAAAUGUAAUCACAAAAACCUGGUUCUGAGGCUGUCCGUGUGUUAUGUAGAUGUUACUGAACAAAUUAAUAUCAGGAGGAUUGAAGAUGAGAAACGAAGGAUUCAGGAGGAAAAUGAACGGCGACGGAUGGAGAGAGCUUUGAGAAGAGAACAUGUUAACCAUGGCAUUGAUCUCAGGAAUAUUGUGGAUUCCACGGUAUGUUUAGGGCUGGGUAAUGGGAGUUGAUAUGUAUAUUAUAGUGUAGAAGGUAGUAUUUUUAUAUUUUGUUAAGGUUUUUUGUAGUUAAUGAAUUUGUUUUUUGGCUUUAAUGUUGAAUUAUUGUCGUUUUCAAGCGAUUUUUUAUGAAAAAAUGAAGAAAAGCAUGUUGUGAAAGCCAUCUGGAGCUCGUAUUCGCUUUUAUGUUUACAUGACCUUGGCUUUCUGGCUUUUUCACAUUAUUUUUCCACUGAAAAGCUGCUUUAAAUUUAAAAAAACCGUCAAAACUAUAAAUUCAACGAGCUUUUUUUAUAAACAAAACAUAUAAAAGUGCAAAAAUGCAAAAAAGUGUUUUUUGAAAUACUAAAAUUGAGCCUUUUGUGAGGGUACUAAUGAUAUAUGGCAUGUUUUGAGUCAUAAACUCGAAAGGCAGUGGAAUGUUUACGCCGUUCGCUGUGUUUUUUUAUUAUUUUGGGGGAAGAGAGUAAGACCUUUGUUAAAAAAGAAAAGUGUUUCGGUUGUUUUUGCACCCAAAUUGAACGAACACGUGCCUAAAAUUAUAACAAAGAGGGCUAGGCUUGUUUUGUGGCCUCAAAUGAGUCAUUUGGGUCGAAAUUCGAAAGGUUUUGCAGAUUUGGUGCUAUUUUUUUGUGAUUUUAGGUAUUAUUUAAUACUUUUUAGAUAUAUUCAUAGCAAUUUUGAUGUCUACAAAUUAAGGAAAUUAAAUUCUUGACUUUUUAAUCGAUUUAAAAUUAGAGAAGUAAUCACUUUUGUCCCCUAAAAUAUCACUUUUUCUAAUCAAAAACUACCAAAAUCGAGAUUUUUUAAUUGAAAACUUAAUGAAUAUUUAUAAAUUUGCAAUUAUGCGCGUAGUCAAAUUGGAAAUAAAGCGGAAAACGGAUAUAAUAUAGUAUUGUCGUGACUCAUUAAAUAAAAAUGAAUGGCUUUUCGAUUGAUUUAUGGUCGACUUUAUGCAAUUUCAAAGUUGAAUGCGCUUUUUCAGAACUGAUUUCUGAUUUCAAUGGGUUUUGAUAGUGUUUUUGGUAUUUUGAUUUCGAUUUUGAAACUGUUUUUGCAAUUAGAAUCGCUGUGUAACAUUAUGUCUUUCAGCUACGCGUCCCAGAACCUGAACCCGAGUCAGAAAGUGAAGAAGAAAUUGACGACGGCCAAAGAAAGUCCAAGCGAAAGGCACUAAAACAGUUCGGACAUACUCGGAAAGAAAAACAAACAUACCACCCACCAAUUACAGUGGCUGCCGGACGCUCCAGAAGACAGCUACACUCGGUGGACUACAACUUCAGUGCUUACGAAGACCAGAUUCACGAAGCUAUGGAUGCCAUAGAUGAACCUAGUGCUAGUAGCAGCAGUAGAGGAGGUAUGUUAGGAAUAUUUUAAUGGCGUUAUCUAAGAGAGCAUUUGAAGGUUUCCUAACAUUUUAUAAUUUUUUAUAUUAUACAACAUUUUUCAGAAGAAAAGAACGGUCUAGGCCGCGGCAAAGACAUGCAGAACAUAAUCGAGGCGGACGAAAAGCAUCGUGAAGGCAGUCAAGAAGAAGACGGUGAGAAUCAACAGAAUGGUACAGCUAAGCCGCCAAGAAAAGUUGGCAAAGCACCGAAGAAGGCAAAGAAACUAACACAAUUAGACGUGGACAACAUGACGGAAUCAGACACAGAUGAGUAUAAUGCUGAAGAAGACGAGGAAGAAGAGGAAGAGAUACCUUCUGAAGACGAAUACGUUCCAGAAGAAGUGGCACGAUCGAGGAGAAGCGGUGGAAGAGGAAGGCAUCGCUCUGACGAUGAAUUCAUCGAUGAUUCUGACAGUGACUUUGAGCCUGGUAACAAGAAGAAAAAAGGAAAGGCGGCGGCAAGGAAGUCGACCGGUCGAAAGGGACGAGGAAAGGGCAGAGGAAGGAAAAAGUAAGGAUUAUGUCGUACUUUAUAAGUUUAGACAAAGUGUUAUAAAAUGUCGCGUUAUUUUAAAGACAACUGUAACAUUUAUGUAUAGUAAUAGCAAUUUACUUCAGGUGGUCCGACAGUGAAGAAGAGACAGAAGAGGAAGAAGAAGACUUUGUAAGCGAUUCAGAUUCCGAUUCAAACGCCAGGUCAAAGAGAAAGGCACCACCCCCACGAAAGUGGGGUCCAAAAGCAUCGUCAAGUGAAUCUGAAGAAGAAGUCGAGGUGGACGAUUACGAUGAUACGGAAGAAGAAGAUGAGGAAAAGACGGAAUCUGGAAGACCAUUAAGGAGAGCGGCAAAAGGUGUCUCCAAGAAAUUGCACGAUCUAGAAGAAGUCGAGAAAGAGUUGGAUGAAGAAGUUGGGGAAUCUGAUGAAGAAGCUACGCCUAAAACGGCUGAGAAUGUAGUCGGAAAACCAAGGCCAAGAAAGAUUGUCAGCGACGAUGAAGAGGAUCCAGAUGAGUUUAAACCUGACGAUGAAGAGGAACAAGAAGAAGAAGGUGAGGAGGAAAUAGAAGAAGAAUUGGCAAAAGAAUUGGAAGAAAAGAAACGAAAGAAGUUGGAACACGAUAAGGAAAAGGCUGCAGAAAGACCCACGAAGAAGCGACAGGUCGUUGAAGAAGAUGACGAAUUCAGCGACGAAGACUCCAAUCCUCCACAAGCCAAACCACGAUCUCGGAAGACAGUCUCCAAGUCUCCAGAAAAACAGAAGCCAGAUCCAAAAGAAAAGGCUACAGAAAAUGGAUCUUCAAAAGCAAAGACUUCAGAAGAGUCUUCGGCCAGGAAACGUAAAGUCAACCAAGCUGAUGGGGACGAGCCGGCUGCCAAGAAGUCCGAACAAGCGAAAAAAGACAGUCCGAAAAAGCAGAGAUCACCUCCCAAGUCACCGACGAAGCCUUCCAGUCGGCGAGGAUCUCUUCAGAAUCCUCAGCCUCCAGCAGCAGCGAGCGUCAUUAAACCCAUCGUACAAUUGGCUGUACCUACUGUGGCUUCUGCUUUGCCUCCACAUUUAAUGCAACAUCAACUGCCACGUAAGUCAUUUUACUCAUGAUCUUAUACUUUUUAUUUAUGUAUGUUAACAACAUUCAGAAAUUUUUUAUUAUUUAGUUUUUACCCAUCAAGUGUAAUAUAAAUGUCAUGAUUCAUUUAAUUUUGUAUCAUUGUUUGUGGUUUAAAUUAAAAAUUUAUAAUUGAAUUUUUAGCCGGCUUUAUGCCACCUCACUCCGCGCCCUACGGCCAUCUACCCUCUCACAUCCGCCCUCCACCCGGUGUCUAUCUCCCGCCACCUCAUGGUAAUCAAUAUGGUGAAUAUUAUGGUGGUGGGUUUUAGUUUCUUCCUUUGUUUGUUGUGUUGUUUGAGUAUUUGUUUUGAUUUACUUUAGUUUUUAUGUUUUUUAUUUUGUUAAACGGAGGAUAAUAUAAUAUUGACAUGGUCUACGUAAUGUGUUUUUAUCAAUGUUUUAGUUUUUCGUAAUUUAAUUGAUAUUUGUUUCGAUCUUUGUAAAAUGAUUGUUUUUAGGGCAUCCCCAAUACCUCCCUCCAACUUCAGGAUACCCACCACCGCCUCAUGGAUAUCCACAUUAUCCUUCAAUACCGUAAGUUUAAUAUUGUUUAUGGAUUCAAGUUUUAGGAGACUGGCUCGGCCAAAAAGUCAGUAGAGCUCUUCUGUUUUGUUGAUAUUCGGACUAAUGUAAUUGAAACACUAGUGACAGAAGUAGCAUUAGGUAUUAAAACAUUCUUGCAGUCAAUGUAUCGUUAUGGUAACGUUUUCAAUUUUAGUGGUUACGGUAUCCAGCCGACGAAUGAAAACGACGUCGCUCAACUACAACCCCUCCGACCGGUCGAAUCCGACAGCCUGAGUCACGUUCUCGGUGGUGCCAUGAACCCUGACAGUCUGUAA